UUGAGUUUGGGUGAAGAUGGCGGACUCGGUUGCAUCGGGACUUGGAGAGGAAAAGGAAAAAGAGAAGGAGGACAAGGAAAGGGAAAAACGUGCAGCUAAGAGCGAGAAGAAGAGGGAGAGUUCUGAAGUGACGGAGACAUUGGGGUUCUUUGACAAAAAUGGUAGCAGAAAGGGCAAGAAACGCAACCUGUCCGACCUGUCCCUGGUCAGGUUUAUCAGUGCCGAGCUGACACGAGGUUACUUCCUGGAACACAAUGAGGCUAAAUACACAGAGCGCAGAGAAAGGGUCUACACUUGCCUCCGCAUCCCCAAAGAGCUGGAGAAGCUGAUGAUCUUUGGCUUCUUCCUGUGCCUGGAUGCCUUCCUCUAUGUGUUCACCCUCCUGCCCCUCAGGGUGCUGCUGGCCCUGCUGAGACUACUCACACUGCCCUGCUGCGGCCUGGGCGGGUCGCGCCUGCUGCAGCCGGCCCAGGUGUGUGAUGUGCUGAAGGGCUUCAUCAUGGUGCUGUGCUACUCCAUGAUGAGCUACGUGGACUACUCCAUGAUGUACCACCUGAUCAGGGGACAGUCUGUCAUCAAGCUCUACAUCAUCUACAACAUGCUGGAGGUAGCAGACCGCCUGUUCUCCUCGUUUGGCCAGGACAUCCUGGACGCUCUCUACUGGACGGCCACCGAGCCCAAGGAGAGGAAGCGAGCUCACAUCGGAGUCAUCCCUCACUUCCUCAUGGCCGUGCUCUACGUCUUCCUUCAUGCCAUCCUCAUCAUGGUUCAGGCCACCACUCUCAACGUGGCCUUCAACUCACACAACAAGUCCCUGCUCACCAUCAUGAUGUCCAACAAUUUUGUGGAGAUCAAAGGAAGUGUUUUUAAAAAGUUUGAGAAGAACAACCUGUUCCAGAUGUCCAACAGUGAUAUUAAAGAGAGAUUUACCAACUACAUACUCCUACUGAUUGUCUGUCUACGGAACAUGGAACAAUUUUCUUGGAACCCAGACCACCUGUGGGUGUUGUUCCCUGAUGUCCUCAUGGUGAUUGCCUCCGAGGUCGCCGUGGACGUCGUCAAGCAUGCGUUCAUCACCAAGUUCAAUGACAUCACCGCCGAUGUGUACGGGGAAUAUCGAGCUAGCCUUGCCUUUGACCUCGUCAGCAGCCGACAGAAAAAUGCAUACACGGACUACAGUGACACUGUGUCCCGAAGAAUGGGUUUCAUCCCCCUGCCUCUCGCCCUAUUGUUGAUCCGAGUGGUGACCAGUUCUGUGAAGAUCCAGGGCUCACUGUCCCUGAUGUGUGUGCUACUCUUCUAUCUGGGGAUGAUUACCCUGAAGGUGUUGAACAGCAUCGUGUUGCUGGGGACGUCCUGCACGUUUGUCAAACAGGCCAACAUGGAGGAGAAGCUCUUCCAGACCCCGCCCUCCGCCUCCUCCAGCCGCGUCUCCUCCCGAGCACACCGUCCCAAACACACACACACCACCCCACCGCAAGGUGAGCCUGGAGCAGAAAAAGGAGGUGUGUCUUCGCCGUCAAUCAUCUCUCAGCCCGCCCAUCUGCCAGAGAAUCCCGCCCCUACACUACCCACCAGUGAAUCAGACACCUUCCUGACCACACCCGAUGAUGAAGAUGAUGAAAAGGUCCUGGUGGCAGCGUCUGGAAUUGAAGGGGAGGGGCUAAAGCACCGCACCCCCAAAAAAGACCUGCUGGAGAUUGACCGCUUCACUAUCUGUGGCAACCGCAUCGACUGAUGCUGCAGCCGUACCAUGGGGCUGGAAAGGGCAAGGGUCAGUUUGAGGUCAUGGAGCAUGCUCAGACUCUCAUGGUGAAACCCUGAGUAUUUAUUUAUAUUUAUUUAUGACUUCAUACCCACGGGGGUAUACCAGCCUAUAUGGGGAUCCACCUCAGACCCACUGACCUGGUCCUCCAGACCUGGGAGCCAAUGAGAGAAGGUGAUCCCAUGUGUCCUUGGCAACCCUCACCAAUCUUGGGUGAACGGCGGUUUUCAGUUUAACACCGCCGCAGACCUACAAAAUAAACUUCCAGUUGAUUGUGGAAACAAACACACACUCACACACAUCAAGUUGUGUGAAGUUAACUUUCUUCAAGUGUCUUGAACGUGACUGGCUGAUAUCUCGUGUCCUGAACGUGCUCGCCAUAACGUCGCCGAAACGUCCCAGCUGGCCUGUGGAAGCGUUCAGAAGCACGACUCCACCUUGUCCUUGGCCCUGAGGACUUUCCAUCCUUUGAUAAGUUCCCCUCAAAGACUGACGUUUUCUCAAUUUGUAUGGCUUUUAAAAGCUGGACACAAUCUGAGAUUUUAAAUGUUUUUAAAUAGGAAUCCCAAUACUUGUAUACUAUGACACGUCAAUAUUAGUUCAAUCACAAAGGCACACGUACACCCAGGCAUAUAUAUAUCUAUAUAUAUCAUUAGAAACCCCAGUCCAAACUCAUUCACACACUUCCACUAAAGAUAAACGAUAAUGGACUUUCUCCUCAGUUCUUAGGUUAAGAAAUAAUUUGAAAAGAACACAUUCAAUUGUUAUGUGAAUCCGGCCCCAGGAACUGUUAAUGUACAAAGCUGUGAAAUGGGCACAUUUGUUACUGGAAAAGAUGCUAUUAAGUGUUACUUAUAAUAGGAGCUACUGACCAGUUUGUAAGAAAACACUAGUUACAAUUUAGAAAUUGACAGCCUGUGAGGUAGAUACGCUGGACAUUUCAUCCAGAAAUUAUGUUUUCACAUAAGCUCCUUAUCACUGCAGAUCAUUCCCCACCCCCUUCGUUUAGUGUACGACAACAAGGCGCACACAUACACACACACACACAAACAACCCUGAUGCCAGCACACUCACACACACAUACACACAUUCAUGAUGCCAAUACCUGUGCACAAGCAUACAAUAUAACCACAUGUUGAUAUCGACUUUGAAUCUUAGUGUAUCAUCAGUGCUUGGAUUGAUUUAAAACUCAAUAACUAAGUGCAUGUCAGAGGCAUCACACCAUAUAAAUAUCAGCUAGCUUGUGGUCCUGCUACUCUGUGGUCUGUAGUAUGUACUUGUUCACUUCACUACACACACUCAGAACCAGGAAGUUGCUGCAGGGAGUAUGUUUCUCACUGGAGUGUGAAUAUUCCUUCACAUCGUCCCAGCAUAAGGGUGUAUGACAUCUUUGUUACAUCAUUCUGAACAUGGCCAUCUUUUCAGCAGUCCUACAAAUGAUUAUGUGCACGCUUAUAACAGAACAUUUGGUCGAUAUUUUGGACAUUAUUACCGGCACGCAUUUUGUGUUGGUAUGUGUGUGUGUGUAGAUGUGUAUGUUGUUGGUAUGUCUGUGUUUUGUGUAUAAGGGAGGCAUGUGUAUGAGAGGUGUGUCAGUUUUUCUGUAAAUGGAUGGACUUCUUCUAGCCUCAUCCCCCUGUGUUCAGCAGAUACAGGAUCAGAUUAGUUGUAAUCUCAGCCUAGACUGUUUCUCAUGUCUAACCAUGCAUCUGUGUCUUUGUAAGAAUCAAGUCUUAUGAGAGGAACGAGGAGGACAAUAAAAACUAUUUUGUUUUUCUAA